AUGCACUUAACAUAUAUUCUUCUCAUUGCAUUAAUUCCAUCAAUAACAAGUUUAAGAUGUUAUGUAUGUAAUUCAAAUGACAAUCCUCAAUGUACAAAUGGAACUCAAUUAAGUACAUUUGAACAAGAAUGUAAAGAAACAAUUGAACCGCAUUGUCGUACAAUAAGUCAAACAAUUAAUGAUAUUAAAAGUAUCGUACGAGCAUGUGGUUCAAAAGCAUCAGCAAAAACUUGUUAUAAAACUGCUGGAGUUAAUAAUGCGAAUGUUUGUUCAUGUAAUACGGAUCUUUGCAAUCAUGCACCAAAUUUUAAUCGACAAUACAAAAUAAUGACGAUUCUUUCAUCAAUUAUUAUUGUGGCAAUAACAAUGAUUAUGCUUCGUUAA